CCCCGUUAAGGAAAAAGGGAAAAAACCCCCCAGAUUUCGAACAGUUAAACAUUUUGUGGAAGGGACUCUCGUUUUCAUGAAUUUAUAGCAAAAGAAAGAAAACUGGUUCGGUGGCAGAGGAGCAUCUCUGUGGAGUAAGCACCAACUUACUCUUUGACUGGAACCCCCAGUAAGUCUUGAAAGUUUUCUUGACAGAAGUAAUCACUUAUUUACUCAUAAACCUUCCCAGAUAAGGGAUAUGCAAAAAAAAUGCAUGCAGACUUCUCUUGCUAGAUGGACAAUACGUUAUGGACCGAGUACUUUGAGUCUUGAUUGAUAGGUAGAAAACUAACCCAAUGUUAAGAGUUGUUCCUACUGUUUUUAAAAUUUAUUGGGAAUUAGGAAGGGUGAAGGGAUGACAGACCUUUCAGCUGGCUUCCGUCUCUCAGGGUGGUGACAUUGAUUGAACUGUAGCUUCCAUUUAAAUGGAUUGCUGAAGGCAGGGUUGUGAAAUGCUUUUAAAACAACCCAAGACUUAAAUAUUGCAAUUUGAUACGUUAUCUGGCAGGGAUCCAGGUCAGUAUUUAUGAAAAGGGUAUGCUGUUUAUAUGUGUAAUCAGGUACAGAAUCCAACAGACAAAUUCUGAGCUGCUGUCUAUUUGUAAAAUCUCAAUAAUGAAAGAAUUACAGUGAUUUACAUGCAAAUACAGCGAGUCUUGUUCUUCAUCUCUACAUGCUCUGAAACUAAGCAAACAUCCAAUUAUGCUGAUAACCCUGAGGCAGAAGUUUGCUCAGACUCCGUAAGUUAGUGCAGUCCUGGUGUAAAUCAGUGCACUCAUCUCUGCAGAGAGAAGCCCGUUAUUCCCUGUACAAUCAAUAGAGGCGCAGGGUUAAGAUGUGAUUGCGGUCCAUGCUGGUGCCUGAGAUCUUUGGAACGUGCAAGGAAUUAGUAUGCCAGCGUUUCCAGAUGAAGUGACGCUGAGAUAAACCCGGGGUAGCUGACCACAGCAUUUUGCUCACUGGUCCCUUUCUGAUGGAGAAAGCAAUUUAUACCAAGCUAAUUUUUAAACAUCAACUGAAUUUUGAACAUUGACUAAUGACGUGCCAAAGAGAUACAAAACCAGCCAAAAGGAUCUUGGAUGUGAGGUGUGUUGGUUUGCUUGCAGGAGGGAGCUCCGGAGGGAUGUGCAACCAGGAUUGCCACCCUUUCUGCUGCGAGCAUCCCUCCGCCACCAUCAAUGCUCCUAUUGAGCCAAGAGCAAGUUGGGUGGCAGAACUUGGCUCUGCAGCAAAACUUGUACAUCUUAAUUAACUUUUUUUUUUAAAGUGAAUCGGCUCAAGUCUGGGAGAGGAGCUGAGAAGUAUAUAAGGAAUAUUAACAUUUGAAGAUGAAACCCUAGGAGCGCUCUCCCCAAGCCCACUCGGCUUUGCGGGCACGACGUGAUGCUGGGGAGCUUCACGGACAUAGUCAUGGCAGGUAGCUGGGGCCGUACGGUAAGUCCUGCUCUUCGCUGUCCCUUCCCGAAGAGCAGCCCCUGCCCCAGCAGCUCCCAGCUGCUGCCUGCCAAGUGGAAGGCUUCAGCUGAAGGGGAACAAUAGGCAGUUUUAUCCUCGAGUCAGCGCGGCUGGCUGGGAACGGCAUGGCAGAGGUGAUGAACUCCAACGAGGAGAGGGGAGAGUGUUGACAAAUUCAUUUUAAGCCAGACUGGGCAAAGGACCAGAACACGCACCGCGGGGAGCCGCUACUACAGCCUGCCUGUGGGAAUCAUUGAUAACAUGGCCCUGGGGGGGGAUUUUUCCACACGGAGGAAAAACUGGGAAGAAGUUUUCCCCGAUAAGUCACGGAGGGAGCAGCAGCCCUGCGGCGCUGCGGUCCCAGGCAGGGAGGAGGGAGCGAGGCAGCGCCGGGUUUGACGCUGUCCUGACGGCGCGAGGGUUUUCUUGGCAGGCUCUUCCCCGGGGAUACGGGGAAAAUGAUCAAACAAGUCCUUCAGUAGCCAGGCUUGUCAAGACGAAUAUUAGAGGGAUUGUCCACUGCCGUCAGCCAGACGCUGAAAUCGAGGCAAGGUUUGGAAUUUCGAUGUAAUUGGAACCAUAUUUCGGCGCGGCGGGGCCGGGGUAGCCGAGGUGGGCUGAGUCAGAGAGCACAGACGUCUCUCUAAGCGAUGAUUUGGCGUGGAAAUUACUGAGCCCGGGCCAGUUUGCACCAGCUGAAAGUUUGGCUUUGCGAUUUCUAACUUUUUUUCAGUAGAUUCUUUCUCCUUGUCACUUGCCUUAUGUAUAGAAAGGGAAUUAAACGCUUUCAUGCAGAAACAAACUACCAUUACUGGAUAUGGCAGUAGCGAGGGAAACGGUGAGCCUAAUUCCCCCAGGUCCCACGGGCCCUCACUUUCCCCUCGGGGCAGGACGAAGGUGCCAAGGCUGCGCAGGGUCGGAUCCUGCCUCCGCAGGGCCCUGCGGCAGCCACAUCAACAAAGGCUCAUUGAAGGCAAGCCAAGCUCCCGCUGAGACUGGCGCUGGAGUUAGCCAACAUAUAGGAGACCCUCACAUUAAUUCAUGCUAAUGAUGGGCAGGCUGGCCCGUUUUGGAGAGAGACGAAUUUGGGACGCCGGUGAAAAGCAAGCACGGCCGCAGGAAGACUGGGUGACGGUCAGGGUGCAAACUCUGCUUUUGUUAAUUUUGGUAGGCGAGCGGGCAGCAUCUCGGUCAAACCCAGCAUGAAACAGGCUGCUGUCUGUUUUCCUAAACAGAUCAACAAGACCUUCACAACAGCAUCUCCAGACCCCAUCUGGAGUUUCAUUUGCGCAAAUGAAAACUCUGCCUUGGACAGUGCGGAGCGCUUCUGAUGGGCCGAAGUGGUGAUUUAUGUAUUUUGCUUAAUUAUUUGUUUUCCCUCUAUCUGCCUGGCAGCCAAUACCGCCCAUAAUUUGGAUGCCGCUGCCGCAACUGGGGCAUGGUGUUGGGACUCCAGUCUCAUUUGGGCUGAGCAUCCUCAGCUUGCUUGGGCGUUUGCUACACCUCUGGCUCAAGCCCAGAGGCAGUCGGUGGCCUCGCAACCCAGAUCCAUAAAUUAUAUCUCACGCACUGACCGUGUGUUGCCCACAUCCGUGGCCAGGGCUGCUGGCCACAAACCACAGAGAUGGUGAGCCAGGCUGAGCGGGGAAAUGCUGUGCUGGCCAAACCAGCAGCAAGUAAACUCCCAGCUCCAGUUUGACCACAUCUUUGCUCGCAGUGAUACCACUUCUUAGAAAGCUGAAAGGCCGCAGUCCGCUCUCAGUGGGGUUAAUCACAUGUGUAGGGCGAACCGUCUGCUUUUCUGGUUGAGAAGGAGCUCUCGGUACCUUACGGGCUGAUAGAGCCACUCUCAGCCCGUGCUGUCAUUCCUGGUGGGUUGACACUGGAACGGGCAGUCCCACUGCUCAUUUUCCCCAUCAGCGGCUCAGCAUCCAUGUCCAGAAUCGGCUGAGUCUGUCAUACAGCAAAAGUACCUGUUCUGGUUUUGGUGCAAGUUGGUCCAUAGGGUGAUAAAUAUCUGUCCUUCUUUGUCCUAAGCAAUAAAAUAAUGGGGUUUUUUGGAAGGAUUUGAAUUAUUGCAUAACUUUAUCAGGUUUUAGCUGGCAUCCUAAAUUGUAAGUAGCUGUUCACGAUGGAAAUACUGACCGAAGUAUUAUUUUAAACUUAAUUCCUGUAUUUUUUGGUGAGAGGGGGAACAUGGAAAAAAGUCAAGAUUUUGCACUCAGUGAAGAAAAAAGAUACCCUGGCAGAGUGAAAAGAGAUCUCUCUCACUGCUUCCUCCACUUCAUGAUAGUCAUUAUCCACUCAGAUGGAGCAAAUUGACUUGCAGCUGUCAAAGUUUCCUCUCUUUGCAACCCCAGCAGGGUUUUUCGGGCACUGUCAGGUGGGGUCUGGCUCCGUGUUGGGGGUCAGCACCGUAAGGAGGGAGGCUUACCGGACCCUCUUCUGCUUUGUCGUUACCUGUAGCCCCAACGUGUGCGCGGUGCAGAAGCUGAUCGGCACGAACAGGAAAUAUUUCACCAACUGCAAGCAGUGGUACCAGAGGAAGAUCUGUGGGAAGUCAACAGUAAUCAGUUAUGAGUGCUGUCCUGGAUAUGAAAAAGUUCCUGGAGAAAAAGGCUGCCCAGCUGCGCUGCCGCUUUCAAACAUCUAUGAAACCCUGGGAGUUGUUGGGUCUGCCACCACGCAGCUCUACUCCGACCGGUCUAACCUAAGGCCAGAAAUCGAAGGACCUGGAAGUUUUACGAUUUUUGCCCCAAGUAAUGAGGCCUGGGCGUCCUUGCCUGCUGAAACUCUGGAUUCCUUAGUCAGUAAUGUUAACAUUGAGCUGCUCAAUGCCCUUCGCUACCACAUGGUGAACAAACGGGUUCUCACAGAUGAUCUGAAACAUGGAACAACACUUAACUCAAUGUACCAGAACCUGCCUAUCCAGAUUCACCACUAUCCCAAUGGGAUUGUGACUGUGAACUGUGCCAGGCUAUUGAAGGCUGACCACCAUGCCACCAACGGCGUGGUUCAUGUCAUCGACAAAGUCAUCGCCACCACUACAAACAGCAUUCAGCACAUCAUUGAGACUGAGGAAAGCCUGGAAACUCUUCGGGCUGCUGUGGCUGCUUCUGACCUCAACAGCUUGCUGGAAAGCGAAGGCCAGUACACGCUCUUGGCUCCAACCAACGAAGCCUUUGAGAAGAUCCCACGAGAAACACUGAACAGGAUCCUGGGGGAUCCAGAAGCCCUGAGGGACCUGCUGAACCACCACAUCCUGAAGUCAGCCAUGUGUGCCGAGGCCAUCAUCGCUGGCCUGACGAUGGAGACUCUGGAAGGAACCACCCUGGACGUGGGCUGCAGUGGGGAAGAGCUGACCCUCAACGGAAAGCCCAUCAUUGCCAACAAGGAUGUCCUGGCGACCAACGGCGUUGUACAUUUUGUUAAUGAGCUGCUGAUCCCAGACUCAGCUAAGACUCUGUUUGAGUUGGCACAAGAAUCUGAAGUUUCCAAGUCUAUGGACUUUUUCAGACAAGCUGGUCUCAGUUCUCAUCUAACUGGCAGUGAGCGAGUGACCCUCCUUGCCCCAGUGAAUGAUGUCUUCAAAGAUGGACUCCCCGUGGUUGACAGCAACAUGAAAAACUUGCUUCUGAACCACAUUGUUAGAGACCAGCUCUCCUCUAAAUAUCUUUACCAUGGACAGAAACUACAGACUCUGGGUGACAAGGAAUUGAGAGUUUUUGUGUACCGCAAUAACCUUUGCAUUGAAAAUGCCUGCAUUGCUGCCCAUGACAAGAGAGGACGGUUUGGGACCCUGUUUAGCAUGGACAAAAUGUUGACUCCACCGUCUGGCUCGGUGAUGGAUGUUCUCAAGGCAGACCAUCGCUUCAGUACAUUGGUAGCUGCAAUCCAGUCUGCAGGUCUAACGGAGAACUUGAACAGGCCAGGUACCUUCACAGUGUUUGCUCCAACAAACGAAGCUUUCCGAGCCAUGCCCCAAGGGGAACUGAACAAACUAAUGGGUAAUGCCAAGGAGCUUGCCAACAUCCUCAAGUUCCAUGUGGCUGAUGAGAUCCUGGUGAGCGGCGCAGUCAGUGCCCUUGUGAGGCUGAAGUCCAUGCAGGGAGAUAAACUGGAAGUCAGCACGAAAAACAACGUAAUACACGUCAACAAGGAGCCUGUUGCUGAAAGCGAUAUCAUGGCCACGAAUGGCGUGAUUUACGCCGUGAACUCUGUCUUACAGCCGCAGGCUUCAAGGCCGCAAGAAAGAGGUGACGAGCCUGCAGAUCCCGCAUUAGAAAUCUUCAAACAGGCAUCUGCGUUAUCCAAGGUUUCUCAGAGAAAUCCUCGACUAGCACCCGUCUACUCCCGGUUACUAGCAAGGAUGAAGGAGAACUCGGGUGGAUUCUGAGCUGCAUCGUGAGCAACCGCAGUCAGCGCCUCCAUCCCAUCCGCUCUGGCUGACCGCUAAAGAGAAGGACAGAAUUGUUUUUAAAAACCAAAUAUCACCCUUAAAUUUAUUUUUGUUUCCAACGAAAUGGAUAGGAAAAAGGAAAAGCCAUAGAUAUAUGUAUAUAUUUUAAUACCAUUUUUUAUUUGGGUUUGACCUUAAAGUUCCCACACUAAGGAUAGGUUUUGGUUUUGUUUUGUUUUGUUUUUUACAAAGUAGUCACUAAUUUGCAAUUUUUAACAUAGCCAGUUUUGGGCUUGAUACAUACGUACCAGGGCAGGUGCUGUAUUCCGCCCUGGUUCAGGAGCUCAGAGAGAUGCUUAGAGCUCACCUUGGUGCUGUCUCACUGGGGGAGACUGAAAGGGGCUGAAUUAAAACCUCUUUUCCAGGCUCCCAGUGGUACCUACUGGCACUGCAAACUCCAGGCUCCCAAAGCAGGGAGCCAGGUAUGAUCUCACUGAAAACCCCCUCAAAACCAGUGCCAGAAUUGGGAAAUUUUGGCCAGAAAGACUUGGCAGGAAUUGGAUAUGUUCAGCUUUCUGAGCAAAUACAUCACCCAGGGCCAACUGUAUGGCUGGGCGAACAGCGAUUACUUUGGAGGAAGUAAAUUUGUUGAAUUAAUUAACUAUCACCCAAGCAAUUGUUUUUCCUGCUUUUUUUUUAAACAAGCAUGUGCUUCCUUCUUCCCCUGUUUUAAAAGUCUUCCAUGAAAUUCUGAAUUGAAGGCUUUGAACAAAAGCCUCUCUAUUGACAUUGAAGAAACUGCAUAAUUAUAAGCUAUGGUUUGAACUGUUCUCUUUUUUUUUUUUUUUUUAUUGGGUUUUGUUUAUGCCUUUGGGUUUUAACUGUGCUGCGUUUUGUUCACGAGAUUGAAAUGAGAGUUCUCCCUGGCUGAAGCCUUCCAGUAAAUGAUUCAUUUUUAAUAAUGGUUGUUUUUUUUAAUAAAAAUUAAAAAUAAAAUCAAAAAUAUAAAUAUGACAA